AUGGAGGUGCAGAAUGGCACUGUCCAUCCGCGCAAGAGGCGCCGGAGAAGACGCCUCGACCGGCCUGCCAUUUCUGCGCGGCUGCUGCUGGACGACCGCAUGAAGGGCGAGGCGGGCAUCCUCUCGGCUGACCUGUUCGACGACCUCUUUCCGUGGGCGCAGGACAUUGACGGUGACCACUACGUUGCCAUCACGCCGUGGCUGCCGAGCUCCGUCACCGCUUCCCAAACCAUCCCUUGGACCAUCCUGCCUGUGCGGCGCCCCUCCAGCGAGACGACGACUACCUCGCGACCGCAUUCGUCCCUGCAAGUUCCGUCGUCGUCGCUUGCGCUGCAAUCGUUUUCUCAGGCACUCCACAGCAUCUCGCCCAACAAGACCCAGAGAAGAGACACGCCCAUAGAGAUUCGAAUACACGAUGUCGUCCCCGUGGGGCUGGAUACAGUGUACGUGAACCUAGACACAGAGGCACUGAGGAAGCUGGACGAUGUGCAUGCAAAAUUUGGCGGCGGUUUCGGCGGGACAAGGGCAAACGGCGCUGCAAAGGGGCCAAAGGAUCGUUUUCUGAACGCCAAUGGAAUUGCUGGAAGACACGCGAACGGUAUCGACUAUGCUGCACAAGAGAAUGUGUGGCGGAACGCUGUCCGAGCAGCGCUGCAGUCACCGGCUCUGGUGCACAGCGGGGACUUCCUUCCGCUGCCACUUCCUGCACACCCUAUCACACACGUCCCACCGCCUCCGGCAAAAAUAUCAGCUUGCGAGCCUGUAGCACAAGGUCUCUUGCUACCGACCACAACGAUUGUUGUUCUCCAAUCGCAUCGUGGCUCCAAACCUGCCCCGGUUCUUGCGCCCGCAAGGCCUGCGCCUGUCGAGCACGGUUUUGAUGACUCCGAAGACACUUCGAACGAGACCUUCUACUCCGCGGCUGAAGAUCGUUCGCCGUCUCAAAACAACAGCCCUCCUACAGAAGUAUCGACCGACAAUUUCGAGUCCGAGUUAUCUGGCUCCGAUGUCGGAGAUCUCUCGGAUGACCCCGACGACAUCAUAUCGUUGAAUGCGCCCAUGCUACCACCGCAGUCGUCUGGGGUGCUGUCCGCAUUCUCAUCGGCUACUCCGAGGCCCGUCAAUCUUCACACGAAUGGAAUCGCAACUCCUGGCUCAGUGUUCUCAAACUUCACUGCAACCACCGCGCGAGGACCAUCAGCUAGAAGUAAGCUCUUCAAAGCGAAUGGCUUGCUACAGCCAAUACCAGAUGAGCUGGUGCACCCCAAGCCUGGCAGCCAAGAUGAUGAAGAAGCGCGUGUAUUUGUAGACACCAAUACUCUGGUCAAAGUUGGCUGCUUCUCAGGUGACUGGGUCAAGAUUGAGGUCGCACCCGAGCCUUCGCAGCAUCCAUUGUUUGGACUAGGCGCGUUUGGUGGUGAACAAGAAGACGAUGCCGAUUGGCGCCCCGUUCGGAUCUAUGGAAUUCCUGAGGCCAUGACCAAGAAAGUUGCGCCAUACCGCGUCAACAAAUCGGAUGACUUCGACCGUAGGUCUAGCUUUUCAGGCUUUGCACCAGCAAGCACUUCACUUCAAGCUUACCUCUCGCCUGUUCUACUGGCGAACAUGGACAGCCCGUCUCAUUUACGUAUCGCUCCAUUAGCGCCCCCUCAACCUUCGCAUGGUCCCAGAACCGCCAUACAAAAACCACGACUAAAUAGCUCCUCCUCACCUCCAUCCGCAAAAGAAGUCACACUGUUGAAACUCUCAACGCCACUCUCUUCAGAACGCCUUCUGCAACCUAGCUUAUUUGCAUCUCUGAAAGACCAUUUCGAACAAAAACGCCGGUUAGUUAAAAGCGGCGAUCUCAUUGGUGUCGCCAUAGAUGAGUCUCUAGGUCGUGCAAUUUUCCAGGCGAGCGCGAACGAAGAAGACGUUGGCAGUGACGAACUUUUAUCAAAGUCCAAAGAAAGCUCCAACGAGGAUCCUACGAACGCCAACGAUCAGAAACCCAAAGUAGUGGCCUGGUUCAAGAUUGGAAACGUCACUGCCUCAUCAAGUGAGCUUAAGAAUGGAGAAGAGCCAAGUCCAUGGGGUGGUGUUGUAGCUGUGGACGCCGCGAGCACGAAGAUGGAGAUGAAUGGAAGUGAGCAGGGCAAAACCCCAUCUUCUAUCAACAGUGCGUGGCAAUAUUACCUUGGCGCGAGGAGAUCUCCCGCUGGCGCAAAUCAAAGGAUCAUGACGAUUGAAGACAUGCCCAAGACCUAUGUCUCAUCUCUACAACGCCGCUUGCGAGAGCUGAUUUCCGCGGCCACUAGCCCAAGAGCGAUCCAUCUGGGCCUGCCACCAAUCGCCGUGCUACUCACCUCGACACAGCGUGGCAUCGGGAAAGCCACAGUAGCGGCUAAAGCAUGCGAAGAUCUUGGACUGCAUACAUUCUCCAUCGAUGCGUUCGAUAUUUUGAGCGAAGGAGGUGCAGGCGGUGGUGACGUGAAGUCUGAAGGCUUCUUGAAAGCAAGGGCAGAACGGGCGCUCACCUGUGGCGCUCAAUAUACGGCAUUGUUGGUCAAGCACAUCGAUGCUCUCAAUGCUGAUCGCAUGAAUACUGCACUCAAAGAAAUCCUCGCUGACUCACGUGUGCUCGUUGCGACCACGACUGAACUCGACAAGGUACCAGAAGGUAUCCGUGGUCUGUUCACGCACGAGAUUGAGAUGUCGGCACCCGACGAGGGCGAAAGAGCAGGUAUUUUGCGUGGUAUCAUUGAUAAUGCAGGCAUUCGUUUAUCACCAGACGUCGACCUUAGCAAUGUUGCCGUCAAGACGGCUGCUCUAGUUGCGGGUGAUCUGGUAGACGUAGUCGACCGUGCGCUAGUAGCAAAACGAAAUCGCAUCGAAGCUCUCGCAGCGUCUGCAUCAAAAGACCGCUCUGCCGGCUCUCCAGUAACUUUGAGAGACAUCGAGCUUGCGGGAGGCCAUUUUAGCAACAGUCUGACGAAAGCUGAUCUGGACGGGGCUGUGGACGCCGCCCGCAAGAACUUCGCGGAUGCCAUCGGCGCACCCAAGAUCCCCAAUGUCAGCUGGUCCGACGUUGGUGGUCUAUCGCACGUCAAGGACGCCGUCAUGGAGACCAUCCAACUUCCUCUUGCACGCCCGGAACUGUUCGCAAAAGGGAUGAAGAAACGCAGCGGUAUUUUGUUCUACGGCCCACCAGGAACAGGAAAGACCCUGCUCGCCAAGGCCAUCGCAACAGAGUUCUCACUCAACUUCUUCAGCGUCAAGGGUCCAGAAUUGCUAAACAUGUACAUUGGUGAAUCAGAAGCCAAUGUGCGGCGGGUUUUCCAGCGCGCUCGAGACGCCCGGCCUUGCGUCGUCUUCUUUGACGAACUAGAUUCCGUCGCGCCCAAGCGUGGCAAUCAAGGUGACAGCGGUGGUGUCAUGGACCGUAUUGUUAGUCAGCUGCUCGCCGAACUAGAUGGAAUGAGCGACGGUGGUGAAGGUGUUUUCGUCAUCGGUGCGACGAACAGACCUGACUUGCUUGAUCAAGCGUUGCUCCGUCCUGGACGCUUUGAUAAAAUGUUAUAUCUUGGUGUAUCCGACACGCACGAUAAGCAGCAGACCAUUCUCGAAGCGCUGUCGAGGAAAUUCACGCUCCACCCAGCUCUGUCAUUCGCCCGCGUUGCCUCCACACUCCCUUUCACUUACACAGGUGCAGAUAUGUACGCCCUUUGCUCGGACGCGAUGCUCAAAGCAAUCACGCGACAAGCGCGCGCCGUAGACGAAAAAGUCAUUGCCAUCAGCACCGCCCGUGGCACGCCCAUAACGACAGCGUAUUUCUUCGAUCAUCUCGCAACGGAAGAAGAUACGGCUGUUAUGGUCAUGGAAGAAGACUUCAUCGAGGCGCACAAGGAGUUGGUACCCAGUGUCAGCGCAGACGAACUUAACCACUACGAGCGCGUAAGGAAAGCAUUUGAGGGGACGGGCAAGAAGGAUGAGAGUGGCAAACCAUCACAGAACGGUAUUGCGCUCCCCACAACAUCCCAUAAGGGUAAAGGGAAGGCUGCUGCACCGCCAGAUGACGAGAGUCUUGUCGUCCACACUGAAAACAUUGAUAUCAAUGGGGCAGCUGCUAGCGGUAGUGGAAGCGGUGCAAGUGGAAAAGGAAAGGGCAAGGGCAAGGGCAAGUCACCUGCUAUGAGUCACGCCAGCAAGAACAGCCUCGAUAUUGCGGAGGGAGGGUUUGGGAGCGCGGCCGAUGGGGACGAAGAGUUAUAUUCUUGA